UUCAUGUGAGCGAGAAGUCCGAGACAGUUGAAAACAAGUUGAAAAAAAGAAGUGAUAAAAAUGUAUCUAAUGUGAAAAAUUUAGACAAAAAAAAACUACGGGGGAGAAUUUAAAGGCGGCGAAAAGUAAUAUACAUGUUAAAAUGGAACGAUUUAAAAUGUUUUCAUAACUUUCGAUAUGUGUGGUGUUAGCUGUUGUUGCUGUGGUGGAAAGAAAGCCAUAACUUCCAAUAUUCUUGACGAUUGCAACGAGUGGAUUCGUCUUGUUACCUUAAUUAGCCAUGCAGGCACUUCAGCACUACGAGAUAUAUUUCAUGAUCCGUCACACGGAGGAAAAUCACGCGACCCUUUUCAAUUAUAUCAGGAUUUGAAACCAUACAGAAACAAGCUAAAGAAGUUGUUAAAGAAGGAUGAAUUUGAACUUGUGUAUCCGUCAUCUCAGCAAACAUUUUCAGUUAAAUUUGAUAUCACUAUAUUGUGUGUACUUAUUAUAAACUGCACAAAUGUACCGGCGCCGACAACAGGAUGGCUAAGAAAACCAAACCAAUCUGAUUGGUCUAUCGGUGCAUGCAUUGUAAGGCUAAGGAGAAUGCGUAAUAAAAUGAUGCAUUUUGCUGGAAAGCUGACUAGACGAAAAUUUCUUAAACGUUGGGAUAAGACAAUCAAUAUAUUAAGAAUUUUGGGGUAUGAUAUCACAGAGGUAAUGAGUUUAAAAAAUGAAAGUUUAAACGAUUCAGAGUUAUAUCAGUCUGCCAUAAUGGCAGCAAGUGUAGAAUGUUUGAAUAAGCACGUCAACACUAUCACUGAUGAGAUAAAAGCUCAGAAAUUGUCUUCUGCAGCUGUUACAAACUCUAUCGAUGUGUUAAACCGUUCUAUAAACUUGAUAACAACAGAUGUACAAAACUGUCUUACUAAACAAGACUGCUUUGACUCUGAUCUGAUAACUAUAAAUGAAGGUUUUGCAGAAUUGCUAAAGAAAACUGAUGAACUUGAAAAUAAUAUUGAUAUCUCAAAUGAAGAGUUGAAACAAGAUUUUGAGCAAAUGACAACCGCUAUGAAAGAGAUUCACGUUAAUGUAGAGGAGAAGAUAGAAAGAUUUGAAACUAAGAUGGUAAUGUUGUGUGAAAGAAUAGAAAGCAUAGAAGAAAGGAAAAAUGCAACUUUUGAUCCUGCAACAUUUAACGAACGAUGUAGCCGUGCUGUUGAGUCUAUCAAAAACGAUGUUAUUGCCAAACACUCGAGAGAAAGUAUUGAACAUCCUUUUCGCAACGAAAAUUUAAUGAAAAUGUUUUAUGUCGAUUUAAUGAUUUCGAACAGUCGGGAGUUUCAAAAGAUGUGUUCUAAAAGUGAUCGAGAACAUCAUAUCAACAUGCAACUUAAUCACGAAAAAUCAAUUGGAAUUGAGAAUUUACUUAGUAAAAAAUACAGUUUUUUGUUAUUAAGAGGCGUCGCGGGUAUUGGGAAAAGCGUUUUGACAAAGCAUUGUGCUUACCUAUGGGCUACGAAUAACUUGUGGCACGAUAAAAAAUUUGUAUUUAACUUUACAUGCAGGGAGAUGAAUUCUUCCUCAGCAUCAUCUUUUGAAGAAUUACUUCGAUGUUUUUAUCCAAAUAUUUUUUACUACAUUUCCCUUCAAGAACUUCUAGAAAUUGGAAAGGAAAUAGUUGUAGUGAUUGAUGGAAUUGACGAGUUUGUUGGUAUUAGUCAGUUUGAUGGAUUGUCCAGUGGACAACCAAUUUCAUCACUUCCUAUCACUAAAUGUGUGUUUCACAUGCUAAAUUUAACUGAUAAUAUACUGGACAAAUCCGACAUCAUUGUGUCAGGAAGACCAGAAUCUUGCACGAUUAUAUCCAGCUGUUUCAGCAGAUUUGCAAUCAAAUGUGUGGAUAUUCUAGGUUUUAGCUUAAUCAGUGUUCACAAUUAUAUCGACUUCUACUUCAGCAAGGAUUACAAACGAGCGAGAUUGGUUAGGAAAGUCAUUAACAGCAGCAUCAACAUUCAAUUGAUGACACGUAUCCCAGUUUAUUUGAAAGUGAUAUGUUCCUUGUACGAAAAUGACGACAGUUUUAAACCUCCUAAAACCACAUCAGAAUUGUACACCAUGCAACUAGCUCUUUUUAUGAAAAAACAUUGUCAAGUAGGAAACGGAGAGAACAUCGUUAAUAAAUCAUUAUUAAAAUUUGUGCAGAAUGUUGACAUAUGCAGAGCAAUCAUAGAUUUAGCCUCAAUUUCAUUUACCAUGUUAAAGAACGACGUAGUUGUGUUUAAUGAAGAAGCUAUUGAGACAUUCACAUCGUUGCAAACUUUAGAAGCUACUGGAAUGAUCAUGAAAGUUCAUGGCCCACUUGAGAACAAAUAUCAAUUUUUCCAUUUGAGUAUGCAAGAAUUUUUAGCCGCGAUUUUUAUCGUGUUUAAUAAGUUGGACGUUUACGUGGUUCAGCAAGACUUCAGACUUAAAUCUACCCUUCCGUUAAUCUUUGGGAUAAUUGGAGCUGAGCGCAGAAAAAAAAACAAAGUUGAUUUGGCUGCUUCUCUGAUGCAAUCACUUAGGGUAAAUUGUAGUACAUUUAGGAAUUUUCUAUGCAUCAAUUUCGGCAUGAUUGAGAUUGACUUUCUUUUUAAGAUAGCCAAUCAAUCGGCAAAUUCAUCAAACUGGGCAAACUAUAAUGAUGAAUGUGAACUGUUUUUAAACAGUUAUCAUGAGUAUCAAGGCCAGAUCUCGGCAAAGGAAAAACUUGAUUACUACCUGUCAUGUAAAUUGACUUUACCACAUCACAUGAUUCACUUACUGUUUUUUCUUGAUCGUGACAUCAAACAUUUGCGCAAGUUGAAGCUGUCAAUAACAGAUACAUCUGCGGUAUUACAAAACACAGGGAAGGAUAGUGAAAAGUUGCUGACGCACAUCUUAAACAUGAAGGAAUUUGAAAGCGAUGAUUUGACGGUGUCUGCCUUGCCGCAUCUUCCUGAAUACAACAAAAUGAAUUUAAACUUGAAGUAUUUAAGCAUUUUCUUGACAGAUUAUAACUUACUUUUUGAUUGGAACUGGUUUAACUUACCAAGUAUCAUUCACAUAAGAUUGGGUUAUGGAUUAGAAUCUUUAUGUUAUCAAAUAUGCGCAAAUCAUUUAUCUCUGCGAAAUUUGUUCCAAAUUACGGUUGAGGUGCUGGAUACCGACAGGACAAAUUUUCGCCAUCUCCUUCGAUUAAUUGAGCUGCUACAAGAUAUAAAUAUGGUGACGAUUCAACUAAACUGCAAUGACACAGAAAAUCUAUAUCCCAGCGUUACAUGCAAAGAUAUUAAACAUGGCAUGCAGAACAUGGAGGUAACAUGUGUCACAUUGAUAUUUAGAGCAGAAGAACACAUCUACCGCAGAAAUGCGGAUGUAAUUACUUGCGAAAACUGUGUUGUCGACAGUAAUUCCGAGACUAGAAGCACCACAAGACAUUCCAGUCGCGCUCAUAGCAGUAUUGGUACAACAACGCCACACACAGAAUACCCUAGUAGAGAUUUGACACCUUCUAUGUCGCGCAGAAGAACAGAAGAUGUGUUUAAUGAUUCAGUAGAAGAGAACGAUAAAAGACCAAGAGGAGGAUGUUGGUUACUGUAGAAAUGUCCAUAACAGUUUUGUUGGUUAUGUAGAACUUAUGUACGACAAACUUUAAUUUUGUUUUAUGAAGAAUUAUGCCCAAAAUUCUUGAUUCAUGUUUCGAACUUUUGCAGCCAUUAGGGCUGUUAUUUUGUGGUUUUUGAAUUCAAUUUCAAUUCCGAAUUUAAUACUAAAAAUGAAAAAAAAUUGUUGUCAUGUCUAAUUUUUAAAGCAAAGAGAAGAAAAAAAUGUAUGUGCUCCAGAAUAGGUAUAUGGAUAUGCGAUUUCAUAUCUCGGGUAUACCGACAUCAAGAAAACUUUUUUCUCUGUUUUGUAAAUUCUUUAUUAUUUUUAUUCUCGUUUUAAAAAAUGUAUCAUUUAAAAAUAUAACAUAAUUUUUUAUAACAACGAAAAUAACUUUUAUAGUCGCAAAAUUAAUCUGUAUU